AUGUCAACUCACUCGAAACAGUUUGACGAAUAUUCUUCUGGAUAUGAAAGUGUGGACGAUGACAAGCGGAUCAUCACUACUGCAACCCGAUCCUUCAGAGCGGGAAGCACGGCCUCGUCAGAUACAGAUUCGUCUCACUCGAAAAGCUCCGCGGUCCCUGCCACUUGCAAGAGUUUGAGUGAUGUAGAAAGCCAAGUCUCCACCACAGGCGCCCCUUCGAGCCGAAAGGUUCGCCUGCUCAGUAAGCUGGCCAACUAUGAUGUGCGCCCAAAAUUACCUUCUUGGAUUUCACGCUUCCUUGGAUACCGAAAGGAUGGUAUCUGUCGCCCGAUAUGGAUGCUCCGGUGGCUUGACACCUUCAAUGUGCCUCUUGUGGUGGAAGAAUACUUUUUUGCUUGCUUCUGCACGGUUUUUGGCUUGAUAAGUGUAAUUGCCAUAAACACCUUGACACCCUUCUCCUCUCUUCCGAUACCACUCAGUCUAGGAUUCGUUGGUGCCCUGGCGAUUAUAUUGUAUCUGACUCCCCACUCGCCUGCAGCAUCACCGCGCAAUGCCAUUCUCAGUCAUCUGUUUGCCAGUAUGUCGGCUACCAUGAUAGCGAAGAUUUUUCUCGCCGAGGCUCAUCAGAAGAUCAUGAUUGCUGGCCAGCUGAGCAAUCAGACAGUGUGGCUAUGGGCUUGUGUCGCUGUCCUGAGCACACUGAUCUUCCAAAAGCUAUUUGGUCUUGUCCAUCCACCUGCCGGAGGCACCGCCCUCCUUGGGACAAUCCAACCCGCCUUUAUCAGAAUCGGUUGGCGAUACGUCGGUUUCGUUAUGUCGAGUGUACUUUGUAUGCUAGGAGUGGCGUUGAUCUGGGGUAACGUUGGCCGUCGCGCCUAUCCGGAUUUCUGGUUCAUCCAGCCCAGUCAACCUUCGAGCACCUGCAUAGCAAACCCCAAUGAUGAAGACUCUGUAGAUUUGUGCUCCGCCUCGGGACGAAUUAGCGACGGAAGCUAUCAGUCCGCCCAUAGCUCUAAAGAAAAUCUUACAAUAGAUUCAGAUUCAGGUUCGAGUUUAGAUAUCUCCAGCGAGAAGAACUGGUCGGUUUCCACACGAGCAUCAUAA